ACAUCAACCCUCCGCACAACGAGACCACCCUGGCCGAUCCCUUGACGAGCGCAUCUUGACUCCCCAACGGACCGCGCCCCGUUCUCACCCACGCAAACCGUAUGCGCGCUUCACUCUGCCUCACUCUAGCAUUGGGCCUCGACACUCGAUAGGAAGGAUGCCGCCAGCUGUGACCCGGUAUCCGCCACACAACGUCUCGAAUCCCUUCCAGCACCUCAACCAGCAACAUGCGCUGCAGCAAGCUUCACAUCUCCAGCAUGCCAAUGCCGGCCUCCAGGGGCAGAACAUCGGUGCACAUCCCGCCUUCGGCACCGCCAACCCUAACGGCAACAUGAACCUCUUCGGUCCCGCCCAAAGCAACGCCGCCAUGGCAGGUGGCUUCGGAGGCGCCGGCGCCCUUGCAGGGGGCGGCACCGGGCUGGCAAGCCAUGCCGCGCAAAUGGGCUUCGCUCACGGCGCCGCUCUGCAACAACAGAGAGACCACGAGGCGGCAAGCAUAGCGUCAGGAGGGACCAAGGGCAUGGGGACCCGGAUACGGCACGUGUGGAAAAAUAACCUUGCGCAAGAGAUGGCGAUGCUGCGGAGCCUCGUGGACAAGUACCCGUAUAUCAGCAUGGACACCGAAUUUCCAGGAGUUGUCGCGAGACCGAUGGGCGACUUCAUCACCAAAGCCAGCUACCACUACCAGACCGUUCGCUGCAACGUGGACCUCCUCAAGAUAAUACAACUCGGCAUCACCCUUUUCUCGACAGAGGGUGAAAUACCCCCGGCGCAGGUGGAUUCAGCAUCAGUCACCCAAGGAAGAUAUCAGAACAACCUCAUAAUGUGCCCGUGCACGUGGACCUUCAACUUCCAGUUCUCGCUAGAGGAGGACAUGUACAACGAGGACUCGAUCCAGGUUCUAAAGAAGGCUGGCACAGAUUUCGAAAAGCACGCUGAAAUGGGCAUCGAUCCGUUGGAAUUUGGCUCGCUUCUCAUCACCUCUGGCCUUGCCUUGUCCGACGACGUCAACUGGAUAUCUUUCCACUCUGGCUAUGAUUUCGCAUAUCUCGUCAAACUCAUGUGGUGCAAGCAACUACCUAACGACGAGGAGGAGUACCGGAAACUGGUUGAAAUUUUCUUCCCGCGCCUGCUCGACGUCAAAUUCCUAUGGCGCCACGCUCAAAGACUUCAGGUGCAGAACAGCCUCAGCGCACAGGCGAUGACCAUCCUGAAUGGGGUUGGAACCAAGUCGGGUCUUCAAGAUUUAGCAGAGGAGCUCGGAUGUCAGCGGGUUGGCACCCAACACGAGGCCGGCUCCGAUGCCUGGCUCACAGGCAACGUCUUCUGGCAACUGCGCGCCAAGGUCUUCGAAGGUCACGUUCCCGAUGAGAUGAAUGGACAGAUGUGGGGAUUGACAGGAGUCGGACCGCCAGCGUCGGCUACGGCGCAGGCAGCAGUACUGGCAGCACAUGGCCAUGCGUCGAACAUCAACGGUGCAUUCCAGGCAGCGCUUGCAUUCCACACUGGUGCUACGCCGAGUAGGGACGGGCCCAGCACGCCCAUUACCAACGCGGCGGGUUUGGCUAGCGGAACGCCGGGACCUGGUGGUCAUGGCCUUGGCAGCAUGACGCCUGGAGGGUUUGGUAACUUUCAGUAUGCCAAAUGAGGGCUUCUUUCGGCGAAAGCUCUCGGGUGUCUGAAUGAAUCUUCUCCAUUCUUCUGUUGUGGCUGUUUCGUAUAAAAGAUCCCACAUUCUCCUUCUAUCACUUGGGCAAUUUCUCGGGCAAGCGUUUGGUGUUUUGUGAUUACCCCCUUUCUCAAGCUGGAGUUUUACAGCGGCGCCUGCGGUGACUGAACCGGGGCCACGUCUCUUGCAUUGCUCGGCGCUGUGCUUUGCUUUUCAAUGCGAUGACGGCUUUGCGUGAUGGUGCUGGGACUGGUGCUGGGGCUUUAGGCGGGUUUGGGCUGCCGGGUUGGGAUCGGGUUUAGCAAUCAGAGUAGCGG